GGUUUGAAUGUCCAUGUGACCUGUGACCACACCCAAAUAGAUUCGCCCGCGGAUGCUUCGCCGCUUGCAACCAUAUGACAUGCCGCUGCUUCGUGAUUGUGACAACUUGCUUCAGGAUUCGCCUCGCAUAGUGCUAAUGAUGGUAACAAGUGGACUUGGAGACUCUGUGGCCUUAAAGCCUGCCAGAAGAAUGAUCCAGCUGGAUGGGCGAGGAUUGCUACUGCUCAGUACAAGACUGAUGGUGUCGAACGGGCAACAAAUUCCGAGUCAGAGGACGAGGCUAGUACUAAUGCUAUCGGAGUCGAAUCCCCGUUCGAUGAUGCUGGCGAGCAUGAUCUUGAUGCCAGUGACGUGCCAAUGGAUGCACUUCUUGACCAUAUGGCUUCUGGGGGUGAACAUGUCCGUUCUGACCGCCAUAUCAAUGCAGAUGGUGGACUUUCGUGUGCAAACCACUCCAAAGUCUAUGAUGUUGAUUAUGGGCGUGGAAAGCGUAGACGCAUCACAAAUUCGAUGUAUAACAAUUUUUGGUCCCAUUAGUGCACAACCUAUGUUUUUCCUAUGUUUUUUUCCGAAUGUCACAAAUUAGCUUCGUCCCGCCAAAAUUCAUGUGACGGUCACACC